CCUAUUUUUUUUUUUUUUUUUUUACUUGUAUGCUGUUUUUAUUUUCGUUCUUUUUCUUCCGCUAAACUUAUUUAAAACGCGUAUAUAAAGCAACCCCAAAUUACAAACAAAAAUAAAAAAAAAUAAAAAAUUGCCAAAAAAAAAUAAAAAUUAGGGACAACCACCACUAAAAUAAAAUAUGACUACAAUGAUGCUUCCACACGAAGACGUUGGCAUGGACGAACAACAACAACCUUCUAUUCGACUUCAGCCACCUACGGAUGACAAUACAGAGGAACGUCUCAACCAAAUCGAUGAAUUAAAGUAUUUCCUAGGCACAGCCACCAACGACUGGGAAUCAGACCGACAAGUGCACUCAUUUCCUUUACCUACAGGCGAAAGCCUUUCAUGCGUCUUUUGGAACGACUUAUUUCAUGUGACAGGCACAGAUAUUGUGCGCACUUUACUCUAUCGAUUUCAUCUGUUUGGUAGACCAGUCACAAACCUCAAAAAGUUUGAAGAAGGCAUCUUUUCCGAUUUACGUAAUUUAAAGCCUGGUAUGGAUGCAUCCUUGGAAGAACCCAAAUCAGAAUUCCUUGAAAUGCUCUAUAAAAACAAUUGCAUAAGAACCCAAAAGAAGCAGAAAGUCUUCUUUUGGUUCUCGGUGCCUCAUGAUCGAUUAUUCUUGGACGCCUUAGAAAGAGACCUCAAAAGAGAAAAGAUGAAUCUUGAACCAACAUCCGUCGCCAUUGCUGAACCAGCCACUUCUUUAUCCUUGGAUACAACACAGGAAUUGUUCGAUCAGCUAAGAAAAUCCAUGUCCUUAUCAGCAGUCGCUGCUGCCCACGCCAUGGAUGAACUUCCUUUGGCUACUACCGCAGACGAGAUACAGGAUGAUUGGCCCACUCCAAAGUUAGGUCAUAGAACUACCCGCUCUCUCUCCUCCAUCAUCAUCCCUCCAACAACGCCUUCUGAACAAACAAGCUUCUCUGCUGGCACCUCUCCCAAAUCUUCCCAUCUUGACCUCUACCCUUCAAAAUCCUUUGAUGAAAAGCAAAAAAUAUUUGGUGCAUUUUCUCUCUUUGAAGGUUCUCCUAGUUACAAACAACGUCAGCGGAGAAGAACCUUAUCUUUUAAUUUCAUGGAUGAAGAUCAUGGAGGAAGUAGACUCGAAUUAGCAGCCAUGAAUGCAGGUUUAGCCAUAAUCAACCCGCAUAAUCUAUUUCAAAAUAAUCAAAGCCAAAAUAAUCAUCAUCACCAUCAUCACCAUCAACACCACCAUGAACAACCCUCCUCCGAAAAGGUCUAUACGUGUCCUUUACCUCAAUGUGCUCGAUUAUUCAAAAGACUCGAACACCUCAAAAGACACUUUCGAACUCAUACAAUGGAAAGACCUUAUUCAUGCAAUAUGUGUGGUAAACAUUUCUCUCGAACGGAUAACCUUGCUCAGCAUAAAAAGACCCAUAAUCGCACAAGAUCCUCUUCCGUCAUUAGCCGAUGCAAUAGCAGCAGUAGCAGUAGUAAAUUAGCUACGGCUUCUCCUGACGUUGAUCAUGCUACUACCAUGAGAAGAAAACGUGCCUCCUCACUUCGUAACAAUUGCAGUGAAAUCAUUGAUAAACUGGCAGUCCUAUCCAGCCAUGAUGCUCCUGUCAUUCCAGCUGUAAACAUGGAUUAUUUCUCUUACAGAGGGGAUGAUUUGCGUGGAAGUACAACCAGUCCUUCUGGCUCUGCACCCUUAAGCGACGAAGAAGUCAUGUACAAUCACAACUAUGAAAUACCUUACCAAGUAACAGACGAGGAUAUCUACAUGACGGAUGAAAAUGAAAUGAAUCAUGCCGAGUCUACAGUCAUGUAUGACGAAGAAGAUGAACAUAGACAACCUACUCAUGAUCAAUCUCUCAUGUGGCACCCAACAAACUCUUCGCCCUUGUUAUUUCAUACACCUCCACAGCAACAACAACAGCAACAACAACAACAAGAAUAUUAUCAUCGUUUAUCUUGGUAUUCCUCCAUCGACGAUAAAAGUGUAUCGCCCAAUUCUUCACCUUCUUCCAUGUAUGAUAACUCUCCCGUGUAUUCGUGGCAAACCUAAAUAACUCCCUUUCUCCCGAUUGUGCCUCUCCUUUUUUCCACUCUCUAUGAUUUCUAUUAUGAUGACCUAUCCCAUUUUUAUGUAUUUAACCUUUGCCGAUCUAUUAUUGUAAAUUACAAGAUUAUAUAUAUAUAUAUACUUUAUAUAUACGUGUAUAUGUUCACAAACAACCCCCUAUGUAUGUAUCUUUUUUUGCGUCAAACUAUGCCCCGUCUUUUUCUUUUUUAAAUAAAUAUUUUUUACCCGAUGAUAA